AUUGCUAGGCGACAAGCAGCUUAUUAAUUUUUUGCAAGACACCGAGUUUCGCGCCUCCCAACAUUGCGAUGCCCACUUUGGCAUUGAACACGGACGGACAGCUUCGUGGUUGCCCUCGUUGUGUGUCAUCCCCUCGUCACUCUUUUCGUUCCACCCCUCCUGCGUUUCCUUUCGCAGACUCUGUUAUUAAAUACCAUUUCUGCCAUGCACUCACACUAAACCCCAAUCCAAUAACCAACCCGCCCAUCGGCAAAACAUGUCCGCCUUCCUGUCGCUCCUGGGCUGGAGCUUCCUCCCCAACCUAGUAACAAACUGGACGCAAUCGCUCUACUACUCCAUCACGAUCCGCGCCGGCGACCCUAAACCACAACCAGGGACGCCGCGCCACGCCGAGCACCGCCGGCGCAUCCACAUCCUGGUCGUGGCCCUGUACCUGGCCUACACCAUCUACGAGGCCGACUACGACCUGCAGCGCGCGGGCUCCUUCUACUCGGACCUGGGCGUGCCGCUGCACGCGACCGAGCGCGAGAUCAAGUCCCGCUUCCGCCGCCUGGCCGCGCUCUACCACCCCGACAAGGUGGCCAGCCCGCCGACGACGAGCAGCAACCACCACAACACGCGGGCCGACAUCAACGCGUACUUUGUCCACCUCAAAACGGCCGCCGACACGCUGGCCGACCCGGCCAAGCGGUUCGCGUACGAACGGUUCGGCCCGGAGGUCGUGGCGUGGAGCCCGCGCUGCGUGACGGUGCGCGACUACGUGGUGCGCGGCGCGCAGGCGCUGGUGCCCUACUACGGCACGGCGGCGCUGUUCAUGUACGGGCUGGGCCUGCUGGGGUACCUGGACUGGGGGCGGUACGAGCGCUGGCUGGUGCUGGCCGUGCUGUUUGUGUUCGAGGUGCACAGCGCGACCAGGCCCGGGAUGCCGUGGGUGCUGGAUAAGGUGGUGAACCCGUUGUUGGGCAAGCUGGCUGGCGCCGGGAGGGUGCCGUAUGUCCAGUUCCAGGCUGUCGCGCUGGCGAGGAAGCUCAGCGUGACGGUGUAUAUUGCGUUUUCGCAGAUUGGGCCGCUGCUGACGGCGGAUACGUCGAGCGGGCGGCUCGUGGUGAGGGGCGGGGCAGGUGGUGGGGGCAAUGAUGAGGCGGCGCUGAAGCAGGGGCUGGAGAGGUUGGAGAUGGCGGUCAAGAGGUUGGAUACGGAUGCGACGAGGCUGCUGGAGACGGAAAUGGCGCCUUUUGCCGGGGAUGAGGAGACGCGGAAUUCCAUGUGGGCUAAGGUCAAGGAGUGGCUGGUGCAAAACACGAUCCGCUCGGAUCCCAUGGUCCGGGAUGCGCUGGGGAGGUCGUUUGCGAAGCGCAGGAUGGAGGCGCCGCCGGGAGCCAGAGGGAACAGAUGACGGACAUCUCGAUUAGAGGUUUUAAAUUAAAAGGGGAAUGCUUUGUCUUUUAAUGCCCACAUACAUGCGUUGUCGAGCCUGCACGAGACCUGUGUUUAUG